GAAAAUUUUGUGUCUUUUUUCUCCUUCGCAUCCGAAAUAGUCUCUACUCUUUUUAAAUGUCUUCGAUUUCACAGUUUUUACCUGACCCGAAACACAGCAGAGCAAUACCUGACGAAACACUAAAGAGCCAAGCAGUGGCUCUGCGCAAUGCUCCAGCACCCAUUCCGCCAUAUGGCAAGCGCAAAGGAUGGGUACCCAAGACUGCCUCAGACUUUGGCGAUGGCGGCGCAUACCCCGAGAUCCAUCGGGGCAAGAAAAGCAACGCACUGGCCAAGCAGGUCGACAGCGAAGGGAACCACGGCCGGCGCGAGAACGAGAUCGUGCAGUCGCAGUUCAAGGAGCUAAUCCCGCUGCGCCAACGCAGCGACUUUAACGAAGAAGACGCGAUUCCAGAGCGUCCUGACCAAGAGACGGCCCUGGAGAAGCUGGCUGGCGGCAAAGGUGCUGGCGGCAAAAGCGAGCCGUCGUAUCAAGGGGCCGAGUUUAAUUCGGGCGCGUCUCAGCGCAUAGUGCGAGUGUCGGAGAUGCCUCACCGGCGGGGGGCCGAGGCAGCACCAGAGAAGCCCGCGCCCGUCAUGCACUCGCCGCCGCGCAAACUGACGGCCGAGGAGCAGAAGGAGUGGGUGAUUCCGCCGUUCUCUCUUGACAAGCGCCUGGCCACUGAGGGCCGCGGGCUCGAGCAGCUGGAGGAGGCCCUGAUAUCUGCAGAGCGCAAUGCCAGAGAGGAGAUCUCGCAGCGCGCCAACAUCCAGCAGAACCUGGCCCGCAAGGAGAAGGAGGCAAAGGAAGAGAGGCUGCGCAUGCUAGCACAGCGGGCACGUGAGGAGCGUGCAGCAGCAGCUGGCAAUCGGCAGCCAGUGGACAUUGACGGACCGCGCCAGCGAGCAGCUGCUGAGCGCACGCCUGUCCGUGAUGCCACGCCAGACUCGCCAGGGUCGCGCUCGCCAAGCGUGUCCCCGCACCGCGCCAACCGCCCCUCAGCAGCCUCGUUCUUCAAUGACAAGUCACGUAGCCCCAGCCCUGCCCAGCGCGCCCGCCGGUCGCGCUAUGAGGACAGCGAUGACGAAAAAGAACCCCCGCGCAAACGCAGCCGCAGUCCUGGGCAACGGGCUGGCCGGUCACGGUACGAUGAUAGCGGUGACGAGAAGGAAGCCGCACGUGCUCGGAAGCGCGACGAGCUCCGGCGUGAGCUGCGCAAGCAGAACGAGCGUGAGCUGCGCCUAAGCCGCAUGGGCAACGAGGCCAAGGCCAAAUACCUGCGCAAGAACGAGAGCCGCGACAUCUCGGAGAGGAUCGCCUUGGGCAUGGCCAAGCCCACGGCGUCGCGCGAAGGCCUGUUCGAUUCGCGCCUGUUCAACCAGCCCAGCGCAUCCAACGCAGCACUGCAAGAUGAGGAGGCGUACAAUUUGUAUGACAAGCCGCUGUUCAACACCAAGGGGCGGGGCGUCAAUAGCUACCGCCCCAGGGCGAUUGAGGAGGAGAGCAAAGCGGCGGCGGAGGCCGAUCGUCUUUUGAACAGCGAUCGAUUUGGAAAUGCACUGAGCGGGUUCAAGGGGUCGAAGAAGGACAGCAACCCGAGGAGUGGGCCGGUGGAGUUUGAAAAGGAUGAUGUGUUUGGCAUCGAUGCCUUUGCUGACAAGGCAAAGCAGAGCAAGCAGUAGACUACUAUACCAUUACAGGGUUUCAAUACAUGUCAAAGGCAUGUAUUUACCAGCAGCAAAAAUCCUUUGCAAAUACUAUGCAUGCAUUCUGGUCCUAGUUGUUCAUGGUAUUGCCUUUACUACCUAUACUAGAAAUACUUUGU